AGCCCGGUUGGAUAGCGGGAGAGACGCCGCCAUGGACGAGGCGGAGGCGAUCCUGCUGAGUUCGCUGCGCAGCUCCGCCGUCUUGCUCCCGCCGGACUUCUCUACUUCCUCCGCCUUGCAGGAUCUCUCACCUGACGCUCUCGUCUCGAUAUGUGUUCAGUCUCUCCAACUCAUCAUCGGCGCCACGGCUUCGUCUCUCCCGACCUCGCUCCCGGACUCCGCCGCCGAGCGAUUCAAGGUAUGCGAAGACAUCUCCGCAGCCAUCAAGUCGGCCGGAUACAUAGAUGAAAUCAGCUUCCGUCAGUUUCUGUAUCCGUCCAAGGAUGAGUCCCAUAAGUUGCUCAGAUUUCUGGUGGAAAGGCUACCUGAAUCAUCUCAGAAUAGAGAUGCAUUAGAUGAUAUAGCAACAAGAAGAUCAAACCAAGGAUUAACGGAAACAAUUGGAAUUUCGGAUAACGAAGUAAAAUCACAUGAAUUGGCUGAUAAUGAAUUAAUAAAUGGGCAUUUGAAAUGUGAUAAAGUAGAGAAUUAUUGCAAGGACGAAGAGGUUAAAGAUGAUUCAAAAGAAUCAAGGAAACCUGAAGAAGUAUGUGACAGUGAUGCAGAGUCUAGAUGGAAAGAUGUAAAAUUCAAUUUGGAACUUGAACAGGCACUGAGUUUGUUGCAGUUGGAAAAGACAAAGGUGGGAACACAGUCAAAAUCCUUUGAAGUUCAUAAUUUAGGAGCUCAACAUGAACUCCUAAAGGAAGCUACGAAGAUAUCAUUUGAUGAUCAACAUUCUGUUCGAUCCUGUUCAAAAGAGCAUAAUGAGCAAGCUGAAACAAGAAGUGGCACCCUUGAGGAUUUGAAAAUGCGACGGAACACACUGGAAGCAACAACAGAAAAGACACACAGCAUUGAGCAGGAGCUUGCAGAACAACCUACAGCACAAGAUAGGCUUCUGAAAUUAAAGGAAAUUGAAAAGGAAACAGAAGCUACUUUGUUAGAAAUUCAUAGAAGAGAGAUUGAACAUGCUGAGCUUCUGGCAGAGUUGGAUAAAUUACCCAGCAAUUUUCCUAGGAAGUAUUACAUUGAUCGAGUGACUGAAUUGACAAAGACUAACCGCAAACAAAACACUGACAUUCUCCAGAUAUCGAAAGACAUUCGAGAAGUUCAACUAGAUAGUAAUUCUGCACAGGAACGACUGCAUAGGACAUACGCUGUGGUCGAAGAGACUGUUUUCAGGAACACUAAAGAUGAUCCAGCAGGGCGCCAGUUAUACCGGCUUCUGACUAGCAUACAUGAUGUUUUCGAACAAAUCAGAGAGAAAAUUCUUGCAACUGACAGAGCUAGAAGGGAAGCUGCUGAGCAUGAGAAGAAACUUGCAGCUAUUUCCUCUAGGACUCUCGACUUUGACAAACUCCAAGCAGAUCUUGAUUCCAUCAAAAAGGAAAACGAGUCUCUAGAGCAGCAGCUGUGCGAUGCUUAGCCUACAGAGUUUUCUAAGCCAUGUAAUGUACAGUUUGGGCGCUAGUUACUGGUGCAAGUUUUUCUGAUUGAAGAUCCUGAAGUUACUUGUAUCUCUGGCGACGUUAAAACAAGUAACUAAUACUCGCCACAAGCUUCCCAACUCGAGCUCCUCAAAUUGAGUCAAAGCUUGGUCCGGCGGAGCAGGGGCAGAUCAAGCAGGUAGAGAACCUUCUGGCCAACUUAGUGGGGGUUGAGUCAGAGCUCGAUCAGGAAAGAAAGUAAGAAAUGGAUCCAAUAGAUUUCAAGAUUGUUCUGUUCUUAUUUCUAUGUUAAGAUCUGAGAAGUGGUUCUUCCAAGUGGUCUUCAUGAUGAAGUUCUUUAAUUUAUCCCUUCCAUUCAUUAGUAAAGCUAAAUUCUUAUACCACUCAAAUCCAAAAUCAAAAUUCCCUAUAAAGAAGCAUCUGCUAAGUGGUUCGAAUCCUCUGUCAUUAA